GAUGACCUGAGACUGCGGACACAGUACAGGGAUGACCAGAGACUGCGGACACAGUACAGGGAUGACCAGAGACUGCGGACACAGUACAGGAGAUGACCAGAGACUGCGGACAUGGUACAGGAGAUGACCAGAGACUGCGGACACGGUACAGGGAUGACCAGAGACUGCAGACACAGUACAGGGAUGACCAGAGACUGCAGACAGUACAGGGAUGACCAGAGACUGCAGACACAGUACAGGAGAUGACCAGAGACUGCGGACACAGUACAGGAGAUGACCAGAGACUGCAGACACAGUACAGGAGAUGACCAGAGACUGCGGACAG